AUUUUUAUCUACGCCAUUACCAUGUGACAUUCUGAACUGACCGUCUUGCCGCUCAACCACGCUUUUAACAGAGGAGGUUCUAGGAACCUAGGUUCCUGGGAUUAGAGUAUCACGUGUUAUCUGCAGGACUAUUAAUUGUUUUAGCAAAUUGUUGAAUGAUUUCUCAUCUCUGUUCUUAGAAACAUUAAAUUACUGUGAUUUAUCAACAAAGUGAACUACUUCCUCGACUAGACUUUUUCUGGGAAUUUUCUUGGCAAAAAUGAUCAACAAAAGAUUAAUAAUUCUUGGAAUAUUUAGUCAAGCACAUAAAACUGUUCGAAGUGAAGAAAUAAAUGAAUAUAAUUCAAGUAGUGAUGAUGAAAUUGACGAUAAUAAUGAGCAAAGUUUAAAAAAUAAAUCUGAAUCACUUGAAAAUGAAAUAUACAUUAUGGACGAAAUGUCAACUUCCCUUUUACCAUGUGCUAUUGUUGACAUAAUUGAUGGAAAAUUACAAACAUGCGGUAAUGAUAGUAAAAGAUGUAUUUCUCAAUUAAUAGGAACUUGGCAAAUAGAUACAAGUGUUGCGGCUAAAUUUUUGGAUGGGAAGGUUAAUUUAGGAGUGUGUAUGUCGCAUUUUAAUUAUGAUCAAAAAAAUCAUAUAAGUCAUGCUAAACAAAUAAGAAAAACGGAAAAAAGUAUAAUACAUCGAAGAAGAAAUAUACAAGUAGCUUGCAAUGGACAAUUCAGUUGUAAUGCACUUGAAAUAUGUACGAAUAUAUCAAAUUUAGCUAAUGAGGAAUUUUCAGAUCCCCGAUACAUAUGUUGCAGCUGUUUUGAAAUCAAUGGAGGGCAUAUUCAUCGAAAAAAUGGAUCAGGAAAACCCAAAUUCAAUUGUGAAAAUGAUAAAUUGCAUGAUGAAGAUUCUGAUAAAAUACUCAUAGCAUUAGCGAACUGGCUUCUUUUUGUUGUAAAAAAUGAAAGUCAAGAUAGAAAAGAAAUUAUUCUUACACAUAUAAAUUCAUAG